AUGGAAGAAGAGGAUUCACACAGUAAGCUUCUAGAAAACACUAUAAAAAGCUACACAAAACUCCAUAGCUUCAAGAAAAUUUUCAAUGGCUUUGCAGUUCACACAACCCCAUCACAAGCCUCAAAGCUUAGAGAAGUUGAUGGAGUUAAACUGGUUGAGUUAGAUAGAGGAGUGAGGAAAAUGACCACUUAUACCCCUGAGUUUCUAGGACUAGUGCCCUCCAAUAUUCAUAAUUAUAGUAUUAUUGAUGGUGGUGGGGAAGGGAUUUUGAUUGGGUUUGUGGACUCUGGGAUUUACCCAACACAUCCAAGUUUUAGUUUUUUUGGUAAUUUUGAUCAUCAAGAAGAAGAGGAGUUGUCUUGUGGGGUUUGUGAAGAAGGUCCUUUUUUCCCUAAAGCUUCUUGUAAUGGGAAGAUAGUGAGUGCAAGGUUUUUCUCUGCUGGGGCUCAAGCUGUUGCAAAGCUUAAUUCUUCUCUUGAUUUUCUCUCCCCUUUUGAUGCUGAAGGCCAUGGAAGCCAUGUGGCAUCCAUAGCUGCUGGGAAUGCAGGAGUUCCAGUUAUUGUGAAUGGUUUCUUCUAUGGCUUGGCCAGUGGGAUCGCGCCACGUGCACGAAUUGCUGUUUACAAGGCAGUCUAUCCAACCGUAGCUACUCUAAUAGAUGUUAUUUCUGCAAUAGAUCAGGCAGUGGUUGAUGGAGUUGAUAUAUUGGCAUUAUCAGUUGGACCAAAUGAACCACCAGAGGUAGGAUUUACCUUCCUAAGCACAUAUGACAUUGCCAUAUUAUCUGCUACACGAGCUGGAAUCGUUGUCGUUCAAGCAGCCGGAAAUAACGGCCCAGCCCGGGCAACCGUCGUCUCCUACAGCCCUUGGGCCAUCGGCGUUGCAGCUUCCGGCACCGACAGAGUUUAUUCAGCCUCACUUCUUCUUGGCAAUGGCCAAAAAAUUGAGGGAGUAGGAUUGUCUGGACCCACUUUAGGGAGUGAGUUUUUCCUACAUAAGCUGGUAUUGGCUAAGGAUGGGAAGAAGCAAAAUGAGACACAUUCCAACAUACCAAAUUACAUUGAAGAGUGCCAAAAUCCUGAAGCUUUUGACCCAAACAUUGUUCAAAAUAGCAUAGUCCUCUGCUCUUUCUCACAAGGAUUCCUCAAUGGAACCUCCUCUCUUGCAGCCAUUAUUCACACUGCAACAACACUCAGAUUCAUGGGUUUUGUUCUCAUUGCAAAUCCAAACUAUGGUGAUUUCAUUGCAGAGCCCAUCCCUUUCAGAGUUCCAGGCAUUCUCGUCCCGAGCGUAUCAGAUACUCAGGUAAUACUGAAAUACUAUGAAGAAAAUACAUGCAAGGAUGGAAGGGGAAUGGUUAGUGAAAUUAAAGGAAAAGCAGCCAUUGGAGAAGGAAGAGUUGCUUCAUUUGGAAGGCAAGCUCCCACAGUUAGCAGGUUUUCAUCAAGAGGACCAGAUUACAUUAACAUAAAUAGAACUGUAGCUGAUGUUCUAAAGCCAGAUAUUCUUGCACCAGGUCACCAAAUUUGGGCUGCUUGGAGCCCCCUCAGUGCCUCAGAGCCACUUUUAAAGGGAUACCAUUUUGCACUAUUGUCUGGAACAAGUAUGGCAGCACCUCAUAUUGUGGGAAUAGCAGCACUUAUCAAGCAAAAAUAUCCUUCUUGGACUCCUUCCAUGAUAGCUUCUGCAAUGUCCACAACUGCUACAAAGUAUGAUAUGAAUGGAGACCUUAUUCAGGCAGAGGGAUUCAACCUUCAUACUUUAUAUCCUUCUACUCCUUUUGAUUUCGGUGCUGGCCUCGUUUCUCCGACCCACGCUUUGGACCCCGGCCUCGUCUUCCCAUCAGAAUAUGAUGAGUAUAUAAACUUCUUGUGCUCUUUACCUGGGGUUGAUCCUGCCGUCAUCAAAAGCGCCACCGGAGGACAGUGCAACACCUGUGUCUCACAGCCACACCCUGCAGAUCUGAACCUUCCUUCAGUCACAAUAUCUUCACUCGUUGGGCAUCAGGUGGUGCAGAGAAGAGUGAAGAAUGUAGGAAGCAAAGUGGAGACAUAUGUGUGGUCAGUGAUCCCACCAAAUGGGACAACGGUCAACAUCAAUCCGCCACGGUUCACUGUAGCGCCCGAAGAAGUCCAAAACUUGGAAAUACAGAUCAAUGUCACACACAAAAUGGAUCAUUUUACCUUUGGGGAGAUUAUUUUGACAGGAAGUUUAAACCAUAUUGCAAGGAUCCCUUUGUCAGUUAAAGCUGUUUCUGCAUCCUGAAGGUCAGGAUUGGUUUGUUUCUAUACAUCCUCCAUUUAUCCCUCUAUGUUUUCUCUUGAAAAGGGUGUCAAAAUUUUCAAAAUAUUGUAAUGCCUGUUAAAAAUUCAAAUUAAUGAUAGUAUCUAGGUGAAACUAGAAUGCUAGUGCAAUUAUUUUAAACAAAUUCAAAAGAUUGAGCUUUACCAAUCUUGAAAGGUC